AUGGGCAGACGCUGGAAGCCAACGGAGUGUCAGUGUGCCAAAUUCAUCAAGCAGCACCCAGGAGCUCAGCUACAUGAAGGACACGUGGUCACUGGCCUGGAAACUUUGCAGCUACCUACAACGCACAAGGCCUUCACCAACGUUGGAGCUGGCAACACCUUCUAUUCCUCCAAGCAGCGCAUCAAGAGACAACAUCAGGACCAAUUCCAGCGACCACGCCAACGCACAUCUCAUGAUCUAUUCUAUUGCCCCACCAUCUACAACCAAGCCGCCUACAACACCUGGAUGGACAAGCAGACAUUCCGAAUACUAGACAAGGACCCGGAGGAGAUCAAACAGGACAUGCAACACAACACCCCCAAGGUAGUCGCAAAGCACUACGCCAAGCUCCUCGCCUACGAAAAGCCCCUGCCGUAUGGGUAUAUACUCAUGAAAAGGAAAAAGCGAUGGGCCAAGGGGAGGGCCAUUAUCGCGUACAGCAAUACGUGCAUCGGCAAAUUACUGAAGAUCGCGGCCCUAGCGUUACAACAGAUGUUGAGGAUAACCUGGCCCAACCAUUUUGGUGACGUCAGCUCACCACAACUCUGGGAGGAAAUACACCAGCUCUUCAACAACAACGAGCACCUGUACCCGGAGCGCCAUUUGAAAUUUCUCAAUCACGAUUUGGUCGGAUUCUUUAAUUCGAUACCACAAUCCGACAUUCUGCAGAGCAUCCACUUCCUCACGUCCCAAUUCCUUGACGACCACAACCCCACCAUCACCGUCGACCCGCACAACAAGAUCGCGCCCGCACACUCCGGCAAGUCAACCUACAGCCUCAAAUCCAACAUGGUCAAGGUACAAGCCGAACACAUACCAGCCAUCAUUCAGUUCAGCUUUGACUUGCGGCACGUCCAUGGGAAACCAAAUCAGUCCCAUCCUUUCUACGCGCGCAAUAGUGGCCACAGAAAUCACAUGGCUACGAAUGUACGGUACGUCGACAACAGAGCCAUCAUCGUGGAUGAAGAAGAGCUCCAGAGCAAUCCAUAUAUCCAGCAGCUGGCGUCAUUGCAUUUCUACAAGAAGCCAGUACAACUUGAAGAUGAAGCAUGUGAUGACUUCCUUGGCUUCCGCAUUCACGCGGAUGAUCGACGGAUCACCUACACCCUCCACCGAGAAGCUUGGAGAUAUCGAUUACCACAAUCAGCGGGAUCCACAAAACUGCGACUCAGUGGAUACCACAGCAGAAAGCACCUUAUUCGAACCAUUGCCUACCCAGCAGACGUGGCCAAGAAACAGCUGCAGGAGCUUGACGACCUCUACGGUAGCCGGGUUAAGAAGUGCAAAAAGCAGCGCGCCAAUGCCGCCGGAAAUGCCAUAAUCCUAACCGACAUCGAUACGGACUCUGAAGCUAUGGAAUACAAGGUCAGACUACCACACGGGCUACCGCUGGACAUGAAUGCACCCGUGCACUCAGUGGCCAAGGAUGACCCGGUAGAACAAGAAUGUGAACUACUCCUUCAGCAAAGAUACAUUCCAUUUGAAGUUUUCCCAUGGCUCUCCACAAAGCUCAACUCAGAAUUCCUUCGAGCAUCUGCACUCACCCGAGCAGGCAGACGAGCAACAGCCUAUACAGUUGGCACAUACUACCACGCGGGCAGCAUCGGAGUACGUACCAACACAAGGCAGAGACCAUGGACGGCAGCUACACUGGCAUACAUGGUGCGAGCAUGCACUCACACGUCGUUUUCAACGGUGUCCCUAUUGCGCAACAUACACAUGCGCACUCAUCGAGACAAGUACAACAAGCCAGGAAGCCUCAAUGUAGUGAUCCCAGUAUCAGCUUUUCGACAAGGACACCUACACGUAUGGAUAGAGGAAGACAAUGGACCAGAUCUUUCUCCGAAUGGACAACAUCGCGGACGUAACAUUGAACUCAAGUUGCCCGGAGUUGAGUUCAGCCCAUUCAAACUCCACGGCACAUGUCCAUGGAAAUCAGAUCGAUUGAUCAUCUCAGCCUACACCACCAAUCGCAUCGAGGACAUAUGCAGCGAGGACAAGGGAUACCUCCAACAGCUUGGCUUCAACCUUGCCUAA